AUGGGCGACGACGCUAGAGAAGCUGUUGACACCAUGCAUAAGGACCACUACAUUGGCAUCGAUGUCGGCACGGGCUCUGCUCGCGCAUGCUUGAUCGACAGCUCUGGCGACAUCAAGGCCCUCGCAUCCGAGGCGAUCAAGCUAUGGCAACCCGAGCAAGGUUACUAUGAACAAUCCACCACAGAUAUCUGGCACUGCAUCUGCCACUGCGUCCAGCGAGUCAUCAACCAAUCCGGUGUUGACAGCUCUCUGAUCAAAGGCCUGGGUUUUGAUGCCACUUGCUCUCUGUCCGUCUUCUCAAGUGACACCGACGAGCCCAUCCCGGUCACCGGACCCAACUUCGAGAACGAUGGCAACGACCGUAAUGUCAUCCUAUGGCUGGACCACAGACCUGUGGAGGAGACGGAGAAGAUCAAUGCCACUGGCCACAACCUGCUGCGAUACGUCGGUGGCAAGAUGAGCAUAGAGAUGGAGAUCCCCAAAGUCUUGUGGCUGAAAAACCACAUGCCCCCGGAGCUGUUCGAUCGCUGCAAGUUCUAUGACUUGGGAGACGCCCUGACACACCUGGCUACGGGCAACGAGAACCGAAGCUUCUGCAGCACCGUCUGCAAACAGGGAUACGUACCUGUAGGCGUCGAUGGCAGUGAAAAGGGUUGGCAAGAGGACUUCUUCAAGACCAUUGGCCUGAGUGACUUGACCAAGGAUAACUUCAAGCGCAUGGGAGGAGUCAACGGAGUGAACGGCAAAUACCUGAGUGCCGGAGAGCUCGCCGGUACCUUAUCCGAGCAUGCAGCCCAACAGCUGGGCCUACCUGCUGGUAUCGCAGUUGGCAGCGGUGUCAUUGAUGCCUAUGCUGGCUGGAUCGGUACGGUUGGAGCCAAGGUCGACACCCAAUACGGUCACGCCGAUUCGACCCAUGCUGCAAACGACCUGGCUCAGGCGUCUACUCGACUCGCUGCCGUGGCUGGCACAUCGACCUGCCACUUGGCCAUGUCUGAGGACCCCGUAUUCGUGAAUGGUGUGUGGGGACCAUAUCGGGACGUUCUUCUUCCCGGCUUCUGGCUGGCAGAAGGUGGGCAGUCAGCAACUGGCGAGCUUCUGCGGCAUGUCAUCGAGACGCACCCGGCGCAUAAGGAGGUGCUGCCUCUCGCGGAAGCCAUGCACAUGAACAUCUAUGACUACAUGAACGGCCACCUCCGCGAGAUGGCUGAAAAGGCUGGCACGCCUACAGUUUCGUACCUUGGUCGACACUUCUUCUUCUAUGGUGACCUAUGGGGCAACCGGUCACCGGUCGCGGAUCCCAACAUGAAAGGUGCUGCCAUCGGACUUAGCUCAGACUCGAGUGCCAAUGGUCUGGCCCUGUACUACUACGCCACGAUGGAGUUCAUUGCGUUGCAGACGCGCCAGAUCAUCGAGGCGAUGAACAAGUCGGGCCACAACAUCCAGACCAUUUUCAUGUCUGGCAGCCAGUGUCAGAACGACCUGCUGAUGGACCUGAUCGCUACGGCCUGCCACAUGCCGGUACUGAUCCCGCGAUAUGUACACGCUGCUGUGGUACACGGAGCAGCCAUGCUCGGCGCAAAGGCUGCAAGCGCCGAUCACGAGGGCAAGACGGAGAACCUCUGGAGCAUCAUGGACCGGAUGAGCAAACCUGGUCGGCUCGUUAAGCCCGGGACCGACAAGAAUGAGAAGAAGCUCCUGGAUGCGAAAUACGAGGUGUUCCUUGAGCAGUGCCGUACCCAGCAAGAGUACCGCAAGAAGGUUGACGAAGCUACCUCCAGCUGGCUUGAGGAGCAUAGAAAAUAG